AUGCCGUCCCCCUCACCUUUCUCUUCUAGUGUUUUCGAGCGCCUCUCGUAUUCGCAGCGAGGCACCGGAAAGAACAGAGGCGCGCAAUCGCUUGCCCGUCGCUCCCAGGAACUUGGGGCACAGCUAUGCGGCCGGCUGUCCCAGAUGUCCCUUGAGGUAAACUCUGCGGCAUUCGGUGGCACCGCUACCAUUGCUGCUGACGUCGGCUCUGCUGCCCGCGAUGCCGACUCACCGUUGGCGCCUUCAUUCUCUUCUCCUGCCACCGCGCCGCUAUGCUUCAUGGAGGACGUGCACCGUGACCUCUCGGCUCACUACGGCUCCCAUGCGGUCCGACGCGGCCUUGCGAAGCCACUUGGCCCGUGCGUGCACCCCGUCAUUCGCAAAGGGAGAUUUGCCGCGCAGAGUACAGGAAUGCAUAGUCCCUUGUACAUGCGGGUGUGGUUACUGCGAUUGGUGCAUCGAUGCUGGUGCCCUCGUUGCGGUGUGUGGCUCACCCGCGGCAGCACGCCCACGCACACCGAGGUCAAAGCAAGCCGAACCAUACUCGCCACACUGAAGGAGUGCCGCGUGCGACGUCCACUCCGUUCCUCACGUCACGCGACCACACGCGGCCGAUUCAUGUUGUGCUGUCUUCGCUGUCUCGACACUGCCCAGCGCGCCGCCAAGAGACACACAAGCCUCUCAGAAAUCGCCACUAGUGAGCAGCAGCGGAAACAAGGUGCGGACAGGAACACCGCUGAGAACGUUUCGCUGUCUACAAAGCGCGCGGCACGAGAGGCACGUGCUACCCGUGUCGAACGAGCUUUAAAGGCUCUUUUAGCCGCGGCCCGAGUACCACGCCGAAACCGUCGCUGCCGCAGGCGCAGUCAACGUCGCCGUCGCGACAGCAAAGAAGAGGCUAGGAAAGGGGCAAAGGUGGCUGUGCGCGCGGAUUCUGGCAACCCGGCAGCAGUACUUCAACAUAGCUCUUCUGCGUCUCAAGUCACACACAAGCUUGCUCUCUCGCUUGUGCGCAAGACGACACCGCUGGCUGGCAUCGCUGGCUCUGGAAUCACUACCAAAACGUCGGCGGCAUCACUGCCAACGACUGCCCGCACAGCCCAGAAGAGUUUGCAGGGUCUGGUGCCGAGUGGUCCACUGAAGAAAAGUGCGCUGCGGGUCUCUGCCAUGCCCCGACGUCAACAGAGUCCAAAGAAGUUGCCGGCCACUGUCUCCAGCGCUUGCGAGGUCAGCCCGGUAACUGCAGAACCCGCAGUGGUCGUUUCAUCAACCGUACGAAUCCCUCCACCUUUGCCAUCCUCGUCUAUCAAUAUCGGCGGGGCACAUGCGCCAAUUACUGAUUGGCCUGUGGAAGCGGUGCAAGAAGAAGAAAUGAAGGCAGCUAGCAGGACCCCAGGCACCAGUAGUAAGAACACACCCGCAACGACCUCAGUCUCAGCCCCGACGUUUCCCUUCACGGACUCGCGGCCGUCUUGCGCUCCUCCUGGUCCACGCGAGCCCCCAAGGCCUGCAAAGGCAAUCGCAUCCACGCUGCGCACAUCGAAUACUCCAAAGAGGGUCGCCUGUCCCCCUGCCAAGGAUGCAUCCACGACAAAAAAGCCAACCACCGCGAAGAAGAAACUCAUGGACACUAUGAACCAGCUCGGGUUUUGA